AUGUCGAUGGCACGGAGGAGGCUGCUCCUUCUCGUCGUGCUAUUCUCAGUCUUCCUCUUGCAGCUCUUGCAUUUGGCCGAAUCCAAUCACAAGCACGGCCACGGUCGAAGAGGAUGUGGGAAGAAAUGCAAAUCCACGGCCAGCUGCAAGAAGGGGCUCGUGUGCUUACAAGGUGAAUGCAAGGAUGAUCCAGACAAGGAGACCAACAUCUGCAACAAGAACAAGAACAAGAAGAAGAAGCAGCCCAAGAAUCCAUCAGAUCCUCCUUCUUCUCCCCCGGAGAUCGAAGCCCCGCCGCCGCCACUCGAGCCAGCUCCUGGCCAAGGGCAGUGCCGAGCCUCGGGAUUCCUCCAUGCUCCAAAGAACUCCAAGGGAUGCAAGGAUUGCUGCCAGGUCGGGAAGUCCUACCCGCAGUUCAAGUGCUCGCCUCCGGUGACAAAGUUCACGAAGGCGAUUCUCACCGUGAACGAUUUCCAGCCGGGAGGGGACGGCGGCGGCGCCUCCGAGUGUGAUUCCAAGUUCCACUCCAACAAAGACUUGGUGGUGGCGCUCUCCACCGGAUGGUUUGCCAAGGGGAAGCGUUGUGGGCGAUUUGUGAUCAUCCAUGCGCCCAACGGCAAGAGCGUCCGGGCGAGAGUGGUGGACGAGUGUGACUCUCUUCGUGGCUGCGACGCCGAGCAUGGAUUCUAUCCGCCAUGCCAGCCCAAUCUGGUGGAUGGAUCGCCCGCAGUUUGGCGCGCGCUGGGGGUCUCGAAAAAUAGCGAUAAGUUUGGCUGGAUGGACAUUACUUGGUCGGAUGCGCAGGGCGCCUCGGAUUAA